AUGUCUGUAAACACAUGGCAGCCUGACGGCGACGUCACCUCGUGCGUGCUCUGCGACACGAGUUUCACUCUUUUCAACAGGCGUCACCACUGCAGAAAGUGUGGAAGGGUGGUGUGUGGCUCGUGCUCGAGCCAGUCAGUCAAGUGGUUCCAAGGCUCUAGAGUUCUCUCGCCCAAUGGCCGUCUGCGGCGAGCAGAGGAGGGAGAGACGUAUAGAACGUGCGAUGAGUGCGUUGAGGAAAUCCAGAUGAUUCGAAGAGCGCUUUUUGAGUCACCUCCAGAGACGGCUCCUCAGGCUAACGAUGAGGUGCAGCCGGUGGAAUCAGGUGCCACUCAAAACGUUUCGGUGGCAAGCUCCCGCCAAGAACAUACACUGUUAGGGGACCUUGUGGGGUCUGAGAAUAACGAUGAGAACUUGUGUCCAGUUUGCGGCACCAACCUUUUAAGGGCAUAUGUGAAGAAGACUCGCCAUGAGCAUAAGGAGACGUCUCAUGCGGAGUACGAACAGUAUAAGGAAUUUCACAUUAGCGACUGCCUAGUGCGCUUUGACUUCAGCGGAGACCACCAGCGGCUUCUGUCGCCCCCUAACGUUCUGCUGUCGUUGGCUAGAAACAGAAUGCUAGUGUACCACAUCCCCCUCUUCCCCAGCCAGCAUAUGAGAUCAUCAACGACAACAGUAGCAGCAGAGAUGAAGACACAGGCAAGAGUACAAGUGAAGCCCCUGUAG